UUUCGUCUUUUACCUCAUUGCUUCAAGUCCGUUUCUCUUGCUUCAUCUUCACUCUCUCUCUCGCACAGACUGGUAAAAUAGUAACUGAGCCUCACCAACAGGUAGUCUAUUGUUUUUCUUUUGGAAACUCAAGGCAAAAUGCACAAGGGAAUUGCUGCUGGUGAUGCACCUAAUACUCGUGUUCGGCAUCGGAAGCGAAACAGUGAUGUUGGUGCAGGGGCAGGCAAAUCAAAUGGAAGCCAUUUACUUGUCAAUGACACUAGCAAAUACAAAUCUUUUCUCGUUCGAGCUUACUCCACUCUCUGGAUGAUUGGUGGUUUUGCUCUUAUUGUUUACCUUGGUCAUCUCUACAUUACAGCCAUGGUGGUUGUUAUCCAGAUUUUCAUGGCGAGAGAACUUUUCAAUUUGCUGAGAAAAACUCAUGAAGAUAAACAUCUCCCUGGCUUUAGAUUACUGAAUUGGCACUUCUUUUUCACAGCUAUGCUCUUUGUAUAUGGUCGAAUACUUAGUCAACGGCUAGUCAAUACUGUGACUCCAGACAAAGUCCUAUAUCGACUGGUCACCAGCCUCAUCAAAUACCACAUGGCAAUCUGUUACUCCUUGUAUCUUUCCGGCUUUGUUUGGUUUAUUCUGACGCUGAAAAAGAAGAUGUACAAAUAUCAGUUUAGCCAAUAUGCAUGGACGCAUAUGAUCUUAAUUGUGGUGUUUACUCAGUCCUCAUUCACCGUUGCCAACAUCUUUGAAGGAAUCAUCUGGUUUCUCCUUCCUGCAUCACUUAUCGUCAUCAAUGACAUAUUUGCAUACAUCUGUGGUUUCUUCUUUGGAAGAACACCAUUGAUCAAGUUAUCACCAAAGAAAACAUGGGAGGGUUUCAUUGGAGCUUCUAUUACCACAGUGAUUUCUGCAUUCCUGCUUGCAAAUAUAAUGGGUCGUUUCCUGUGGCUGACAUGUCCAAGAGAGGACCUAUCUACGGGCUGGCUUCACUGUGACCCUGGUCCAUUGUUCAAGCAAGAGACACAUGCUUUACCAGGAUGGAUUUCUGAUCUGUUACCUUGGAAAGAAAUUACUGUUUUACCAGUUCAGUGGCAUGCUCUAUGUUUUGGAUUGUUCGCUUCUAUAAUAGCGCCUUUUGGUGGCUUCUUUGCCAGUGGUUUCAAAAGAGCUUUCAAAAUCAAGGACUUUGGUGAUAGUAUUCCCGGACAUGGCGGAAUCACAGAUAGGAUGGAUUGUCAGAUGGUCAUGGCUGUUUUUGCAUAUAUAUAUCAUCAAUCGUUUGUUGUACCUGAAGUCCUCUCUGUGGAUAAGCUCUUAGACCAGAUAAUCACAAACCUGCCAUUGGAGGAACAACAAGCUCUAUUCAUGAAGCUUGGCCAAAUGUUGCAGGAAAAGCUUAUUGGAUCUUAGAUCGUCACCACAACCCUUCAUUGUACCAUAUUACUCUCCUCCUGUGUUACCAAAAAGUUAGAAAACCAUUGGAUACGAUAGAAAGAAAAAAAAAGGAAAAGUAGAAUAAUAAGUUUGGUUAUGUUUCUCAUUUUUGUGUUCCAUCUUGGUUUAGCCUCUGUAUAUAGUAAUUGAUGCCUUUAUGAAAGAAAAGAGCUUUGUUUUGUUCUUUGCACAGGGUGACUGCUAAAGCUUGAGUUAAGCAAUCAGUUCUCAGUUUUGUCUUAAGCAAAUAGUGUUUGGAACUAAUACGAUCAUAAGAAGAAUUGAUUAUUUCGAGUUGCAAUCAAAAUCAAGACCUUGAAUCAAAGAUUGAGACCUGAUUAAGUUAACAGCAAGAGAAACAGAAGAAAGCAACAAAUUCAUAGUUAUGGUACAAAAGAGAAAUUGCAGAAACAAGAGCUUUCCAGCAAGUUAAAAAUCAAUUCUUCUUAAGAUUGUUCCCAAUAACUAAUACAAAAGAGAAA